CCAAUCGUCGUUAGCCGGAAACUCUGUAUCCCUAGCCAAAAUCUGCCGUCGUCAGCCACCUUCCUCAUCUGGUCUAGUUUACCACCUCCAACUCCUCAUCUAUUCAACGCUCAUGAAAGAGGCGGCGGCGCCGGAAAGUUUUAAUCGAACAAUACAGGAGGGCGCCACCGAGUGGGCGCUGAGAAACUACACCCACUGCAGAAGAUCCUGCCUCAAGAAAGAAAUCGAGAGCAACGAGUUCAACGUCGGCCACCGCCGCUGGACAAUCUGUCUGUACCUCGGCGGGAACUCGUUAGAAGCCCACUGGUCAGGGUACUCAUCCCUGUUCCUGAGAUGUAAGAACGGCGGUUCUGUUUGGUUUCUGUACGAGCUGUACCUCGUGGACCAGUCAGGUAAAGGCAAUCACCUGGGUUUCUCUUUCAUUGGAGACGAUGACGCCACCUCCGGUGGAAUUAACAUUCCCGGACGAGGCUGUACGGUCGGGAAAUAUUUCUUCGUCAGGCGAACGGUUAUGGAAUCUCGAGAUUAUCUGAAAGACGACUGCGUGAGGUUUCGUUGCAGGAUUGUGGUCUUGACUCGUCAGGCUCAAGCGCCUCUAAUCGAGGAUGGUAUGGCCCAGCUGUCGAAAAGAAAUCCAAGGGCAGAUGUGUUGAUUCAAAUCGGGAAUGAGAAGGUUUUUGCCCAUAAGUGGUUAUUAGCUGCCUCCUCACCCGUGCUCUGUUCGCGUCUAUCUGAUCCCCUCCAUUUUUCCAAGGGGUUGUUUGUUAUUCCUGAUGUGGAGCCCAGAUUAUUCAAGACAAUGCUCCAGUUUAUGUAUACCAGAAAACUCGUGGAAGAUGAUGAAGAAUUUGUCAGUUAUGCUGGUCCGUUUGUGCUGGAUUUAUUUAUAGGGAAAGUACUUGCAGCCGCAUAUCAAUUCAAAAUGGAAAAACUUAAGAAGUUUUGCGAAUCACGAAUUUUGAGCAAACUUUCAGUGAAAUCAGUUGCAUACGUGUUGCACCUAGCAGACGUUUGCUGCGCUACAGAACUGAAAGCUGCUUGUCUUAGAUUUGCAGCCGAAAAUCUAGAUGAAAUUUUUGGCUCUCAAAUUUCAGCUGUAUUGGAAUCCGAAGGAUGUAAAUACCUUAGGCAAUCUUGCCCAUCAUUGUAUCAAGACUUGGCUCCCCGUGGCAUAUUAGGAUGGGAAUUUAUAGUGACCAGCAAAAUCUUGUCUGCUAUAGAGCCUUUUGUUGGUCUGAUGACAUCGUUGCUGGAAGCUAUUCCAGAAGAAUAAAAGUGGCUUGCGAAAUUCAACGUUUCUUCUGCCGAUGUAGCUUCUUAGAUAGCGUUUUUUGCUCAACUUAUUGGGAAAUUCAACUUUUGAAAUUGUUAUUUGUUUCUCAAAUAAGGUAUAUAUCAAAUUAAUCGUAUAUUAACGUUCGAUUUUAAUCCAAC